AGGUGAAAAUUUUAAGAAAUUUUGAGCAUAUCGUAGUUCUCUGAACAGACUCAGUCAUCCCGAGUCCACUGUUUUUUUUUCCUGUUGUUUUUUUCUCUUGGCUAUGUAAUAACUAUUUUGUGCCUCUUGUGUUAUCGUUUUGACAACAAUUUAUAUAUUAAUAAGUAAAAUGUGAAUAGUUGAAACUCGCGAUAUAUAACACAUAUAUUGUUUUUGUAUCAUCAUUUUACCGACAAGGCUUUUAUCAAAAUACUUGUAUGUGAUAUGGCUGUCAAUCUGCUUUAUUUCAUAAUGUUUUGACCGUGCUUUUAUCUGUCAUUGUCCAAUUUUAAAUAAACGCAGUUAUCUUACUAGUUAUCUUUUAUGUUGACAUUUAACGGUGAUAGGAAGUUAAAUGGUGCUUGAAAUAUUGGAAUAAAGGUUUCGAUUACAUCUUACUGAUAACUUGUUUUUGUGAGAUAUUCACUUACGGAAAAAAGUGUUCAUGAAAUAAUAUUUUAAGCAACUGUAAUGUAUUCACUCGCUAUCAUCAAGUGCUUCCUAUGUGUGAUGCUGCUGGUGUCUUCUUGCAGCUCCAGUGAAAACUUGCAUUUUCAAGGACCAAAUAUAGCUUUAAACGGAGCAGUAUUUCAGUCACCAGGAAAAUGCUGUUCAGGGAAUACAUGCUACGGGCCCUCUCUAGCAAUAGAUAACAACACGGACGGACAUUUCAGCCAUGGGCAUUGUUCACGUACCAGGCCCACGAGACAUGUAACAGCUUCAUGGACAGUGAAAUUUGAUAGAAAAUACUAUAUAACGGGAAUGAAAAUAUAUAAUAUAUUCCCGUCAAACGACUUUAAAGUGUUUGCUUUUAAAGACAGUCAAAAGCCUGUUAUUAUCUACGAUGGCACGUCACAUCGCCAAUACUUAAAACAAAUACAGAUUGAAAUUGCUGGAAAUCUGUCUUUUUCUUCACUAACCGUUGCAAUACCUCUAAAGGGAAAUACGAAAACUAUGCUGACUCUUUGUGAAGUGCAAAUAUUUUCAGCUUAUUGUCCUGCGAUACAUACACCAGUGCAUGGAACAGCAACACUUUUUAAUAAUACUGGGUUUCCAUACGGAAAUGGAGAAAAUAUAUUCAACAGUGCAGGCAUGAUUAUUAAAUUUCAUUGUAAUAACGGGUAUGUCAUCAACGGACAAGAAUACGUGAAAUGUCUGCCAUCUGGAAACUACAGUUCGAAACAACCAAGCUGUAACAGACAAACCGGUUGUAUGGCAAUAUCGAAACCUUCAAAUGGAAAUGCAAUGAUUUAUAAUAAUAGUGGUCGUACAUACGGCAUUAAUAAGCAUCCGAACAAUACUGCCGGAACAAUCAUACAGUUUGUGUGUGACAUAGGCUUUGUUCUAAAUGGUCCUGAAUUCAUCAAGUGUUUAUCCACCGGAGUGUACAAUUCUUCUGCUCCAACCUAUACAAGAGCAGAAUGUGACAAGUAUCCAAAGGCAUCUAGUAACAGCAAAAUAACCUCUUUGUCGGAUGGAAACUAUAUAGGUAGUAUAAUCCUAUUCACGUGUGAUCGAGGCUAUAAAAUGUUUGGGUCAAGAAACAUCACUUGCCUAAAUAAUCGGCAAUGGAAUACAAAGCCACCACGAUGUGAUCCGGUAAAAUGUGAGAGACCUGUGGACUUUGUUAACGGAUAUUAUACAGUCAAUACAACGGCCCCUUGCGAAAACAGUAGUUUAGAAAACUUGCACUACCCAUGUGAAAUAAUAGCUCAUUGUAACACAGGGUAUGUUUUAAGAGAUUCCAAAACUAUGUAUUGUGACGAUACUGGCGUCUGGAGCUUACCGAAACCAACAUGUGAUGAAAUACAAUGUCAAUAUCCUGGACCUUUUCCUCAUGGGAACUACACAUUCUUCCAAAGAUAUGCUGCUUUGAUUAAGCGUGUCAAAUAUGGAACUAAGAUAUCAGUAAACUGUGAUAUUGGAUACUCAUACUCUGGGCCAAAAUCUAGAACAUGCGGAAUCGAUGGUAACUGGAGUGGCAAUGCACCAGCAUGUACAAUCAUUACAUGCAGUCUCCCAAGAAAUAUUACGAAUGGUAACUAUAUUUUCCAAAAUCUGUCACGAGUUAGUGAUGUGAAAGCAAUUGAAUAUGGUGUUUCUGUAUUCAUUAAGUGUAAUAAUGGAUAUAGAAAUACAGGCCCGCGAUAUCAAACAUGUACCUCAAACAUGACAUGGAGUGGUGGACCUGCAUCUUGUACCGUGAUAAAAUGUGAACAUCCUGAGGAUGAGACUGUUAAAAAUGUGUUUUAUAUCCUUAAAACAGGUGAUAAUUUUACAUAUGGAAAUGCCAAUAUUUCUGAAUCCAUAACAGUUGUCUGUAGAACAGGUUUCACCUUAUCAUCUGGGUCUAGUACACGAACAUGUUUAUCUAAUGGAACUUGGAGCGAUCAGGAUAUAGAAUGUAGUGCUGUUACGUGCCCUAUUCCAAAACAAAGCGGUGAUGUUACAAACUUAACCUCAUUUAAUAAACCAUAUAACUCAACAAUUCGUGUUCUAUGCCACAGAGGAAUUUUAAGGGGCCAAGCAAUUCAAAGGUGCAACGAACAAGGAAAAUGGGAUGGUGAUAUGCCAGUUUGCGAAACCUUAGAAUCCGAAAUACACACAUCAUCUAACGGACCUGUUAUAGGAGCAGCGUCUGGAACAGUGGCUGUGUUACUGCUAACAGGUUUGGUAAUCGCUCUUCUUGUAUAUCGGAAAAGGUAUGCCUGAAUUCUUGACAAAACAAAAUUAAAUACUUGUAGCUUAACAUUAUAUCUUUUUUGUUACAUUGGGGCCUCCGUGGCCUAGUGAUUAAGGCUGCUGACUUCAAGUUACUUGCCCCUCAUCGAUGUGGAUUCGAGCCUUACUCGGGGCGCUGAAUUCUUUAUGUGAGGAAACCAUCCAGCAGGCUUACGGAAGGUCGGUGGUUAUACCCAGGUGCCUGCCCAUGAUCAAAUAAAAUCUUUUGCUAUAUCUUUCGUGUUUAUUGAUUAAAAUCUCUUAUAUUAUAAAAUAAAAGAUAUGUUAGAUAAUAAUUACUGAUUUUACAGAUUUAUAAAUUUAUGAAAUACAAAUUAUCGUGAAUUAUUAGUACAAAUUGAU